AUGACCCAACCCGUCGUUCUGAUCCGUGAUCCCAUUCGGGUUUUCGACAGCUGGAAGCAUGUUGGAUGCACAGAUGCGCAGAGUCUAAUUGAGUGCUUUACGAACAUGUUCCGGAUGCUUGAUCAAGCUCCCUCGCACGCAAUCUCGUGCCUGCUUUACGAGCGACUCGUUCAGAAGCCCCAGAACGAAGUUCAGCGCAUCUGCUCAUGGUGGGGAGUGCCAUUCUCGGAGACCAUGCUCGACUUCAAGAAACCGUUUGAAGCCUCACUUAUCAUCUCUGAUACUUGCGAGGAAUACAUAUUUUGUAAGGAAAACUCUUUAGGAUUAUUCACGACUGUAGAGGCUGCGUCGUCGGUGCUCCCAGACGUGCCGCCCCACAGUCUUCUCUCCAAUGACGAGAAAAACACGGUCGAGGAGCAUCUAGGACGUCUCUAUCUCCGCUGCUGGCAGGAUGAGGUCCCAAGACUACGAAGCGUUCUUUUGGAGAAGACAUGGAUUGGCUUUGAUCUUGACGACACCUUGCAUGAGUUUCGUCAAGCCUCCUCGACGGCCACCGACAAGGUCCUUGCAGAGAUCUCUAGGCUACAUACUAUCCCCAUGCCUGCACUGAAGCAAGAAUAUUCCAAGGUUCUCCAACUGAAGACGGCAAAUGCAUUUUCUGAUGGGAAGACAUCAUUCGACUACCGGAGGGAGAGAUUCACUCUCGUUUUAGAGCACUUCUCCUUGCCAUAUGACGCACACUUUAUGACUUGGCUUCUUGAAAUCUAUGAAGCUACACUGUCGGAAUCGCUUGAGUUGAAGUGUGGUGCGCUCGGUCUACUGUCUGCCGUGAAGGAAAUAGGCAAGAAGAUUGUUGUGAUAACCGAAGGCCCUCAGGAUGCACAAGAGAGAACGAUUGAGGCUCUUGGUAUUAGCAGCUACAUCGACUUCCUUGCUACCACAAACUCCUUUGGCGUAAGCAAAACCGGCGGCCUAUUCAGCAAAGUACUGCAACACUUGGGCAUCUCAUCAGACGACAUGGCAUACAUUGGCGACAGUGUGCAGCGAGACAUGGAGCCUGCGUUAUGUGCAGGCAUUUUCUCAAUUCAUUUUGCCGAGUCGAAGAAUGUUUUGUUGAACUCAGUUCCGCCGCAGAUUAAUACAUUGAGGAAGCUGCAGUAUAUUUUAACUGGUUGA